AAAACCCAGAUCGCGCUUGAAUACGCCCACCGUCGAUGCGACGACCCCGCCUGUUCCGUCUUCUGGGCCCACGCCGAUAACGAGACAACCUUCGCGCAAGACUAUAAAAUAGUCGCCAGGAAGCUUGGCUUAGAUAGUAAGCUCAACGGCGAAGAGCUGCUCGCAGCAGUACGUGAUCGCAUCGAGGCGGAGCCGCGAUGGGUGCUCAUCCUCGAUAACGCCGACGACCUAGCGCUCUUUGGCGUUGACGAGAGACCUAACACGUCGCGGAAGACGGCAAGCCUAUUCCACUAUAUCCCACGGGGUCCUACGGGGACGGUCCUAUGGACUAGUCGCGAUGAGCGGAUCGCGGGUACGCUUGUUGGCCCGAGGCGAGGGGUUCGGGUUGCCCAGAUGACGAUUGAUGAGGCGACAAGACUCCUCGAGACAGCGAGAAACGAGAAGACCGAUAUCAAAGAGCUUGACGAUGCUUCGGCAUUGCUCGCAGAGCUUCAUUGGCUCCCCCUAGCAAUCUCCCAAGCAGGAGCAUACAUGCGGAGGACAUCAACGCCGAUCAAGGAGUACUUGUUAAGACUAGCCGAAGGAAAGGAGCGAUGGCGUGUUCUGAAAGAGACCGAAUUUGAUAGGCACCGAAGAGCCGAAGUUCCUAAUAGCAUCCUGGAAACGUGGAGUAUCUCGAUCGAGCAGAUUCGGCAGGAGAACGAGAUGGCAUACAAGGUCCUGAAUAUCCUUGCGUAUCUCGACAACCGGGACAUCCCGUUCGAAGUAAUCGCGGCAGCUGCUAAGUUUGGGACGAAGAGGCCGAAUGGAGGAUUGUCCACGGACGAGCAGCAGGUGGACAGGGCCAUCGUUCGACUCAAGGAAUUCUCGUUCCUCGGCGCACGCAGAACAGAAGCGGAUGAGCAGGGCUUUGUGAUGCACAAGCUUGUGCAGGAGGCUGCUCGGUACGGUCUCACCACGAAGAGGCUCCUAGAAAGGAAGACGAAGCUAAAGUUAAGACUCUGGGACGUGAUGAGGGUGUCUUUAGGAAAGCAGUGUGAGGCCGAGAGGGAUGACGUAUACUUCUCAAAUGCUGCUCUACAAGUCAUGACAGACCUCUUCCCCAAAAGCAAGCGAGAGGUGUGGACACAAUGCGAGAAGUACUUGAGGCAUGCAGCGCAGGUGUGUGAUUGGGCGGAGACUUGUGGGAAGGAGGUGGAGGCAUCUAGUCUUCUGACUCGACUUUCUGGCUAUCUCUUCGAUCGUGGAACUUGGAGAGAGAAGGAGGCGGUGGAUAGGAGGGCAUUGGGAAUACGGCGGGAGGCUCUAGGGGAGAAGCAUCCACAUACGAUGUGGAGCAUGUCGGAACUCGCAACGACAUACCAUGCGCAAGGCCGGUAUGAGGAGGCCGAGGAGAUCCAAAUCAAGGUGCUGGCGCUAAAGCAGGAAGUUCUAGGGGACAAGCAUCCGCAUACGAUAUGGAGCAUGUCGGAACUCGCGCUGACAUACCGUGAACAGGGCCGGUAUGAGGAGGCCGAGGAGAUCCAAAUCAAGGUGCUGGCGCUGCGGCAGGAGGUUCUGGGGCAGAAGCAUCCCGACACUCUCCGAGCCAUUCAUGACCUUGCUCUUACAUGGAGAAGCCGAGGCCGAGGCGACGAAGCCAUUACGCUGAUGAAGGAAUGCUCCCAAUGGCGACACAAAAUCCUAGGGCCACAUCACCCCUUCACGAAGAAAACGGAUGGAGUUCUUGAUCAGUGGAGGACAGAGUGA